AUGAUGGCACCGAAGACGCCUGUGACAUCCCAACAGACCGGCAGCAUCUCUACAGCUCCCAAAGAUGACCACGGGAAGCCACCGAGUCUGGUUACCAUUGCCCCUAAACCAUCGGGACCCUCGUCGGCGGGUCUCUUGGCAGCAGCAACUGGAGCAUCAGCAACAGCAACAGCAGUAGCGACACAACCACCGCCCCAGCCCGUGGCUCCAGCGGCCCAGUCUUCAUCCCCAGCGGCCUCCUCAACUACACAAAAGAAACCAGCAACGAGCACCCUCCAACGGAGAAGUACGAUGCCUUCGAAUGGGACUAAACGUAAAAAGAGGCGCCGACGAUGGGAUGACAGUGAUGGGGAAGGCGUUAUCCUCGCAGGGGAUUCUAGCUCGGAUGAAUCCAACAUUACGCCAACGGCCACCCAAACGAAAUCCGGUCGACAGGUGAAUCGUCCAUCGCUUUAUGUACCGGCGCCUGCCUCCCCCGUGACUGUCAAGGCGAGGAGUGACUCCCUCGAUGCUGCUAGCCUGGCGGCCGCUCGCAAACGCCAACGGGUGAAUAGCCACAAAGCCAAGGAUAAGUAUAUCAACUGCAUCCAUUGCCAGAGAGGCCAUAGUCCGACGAGCAAUGCGAUUGUUUUCUGCGAUGGGUGCAAUCAAGCAUGGCAUCAAAGAUGCCACGAUCCUCCGAUCAACGCCGAGGUCGUCUCAGUCAAGGAAAAGGAAUGGCUCUGUCGAGGGUGUAAACCUGUCGAGAUCACCAUCACGCAACCGACAGUGGUGCGCAGCAAUCCUAGCUUAAGCGGGCCAUCAUUCCAUCCUCCGACUCAUCAUCCGGUAGCAGUGCCCACGCUGGAAGUAGGCGGCGAACGCUUCUCGAUUGAUGACCGACGGGGGUUUUUGUCGCGCUUGUCACAUGCCACGCUCGUCGAGCUUCUGGUCACCAUAUCUAAUAGCUAUCCGACCAUGCCCAUGUUCCCUAACAACCUGAAAGCUUUACCGUCGUCUCAGUUUUCCUUCCGAUCUAGCGUUCCAGCCGUUUCCCCCCCUUCUGCUCAGACCAACAGCAUGAGUUCGACAUCAGGGGCUGAGGACAUUACUGUCCCAAGUGCCUCCGCAGCAAACAGGCCCCUAGACGAAUCUUCCGCUGACUCGGAGGACGAGUUCAUGGAUCAUCGUCUGUACCCGCGAGCUGGAAAUGGAAUCCGACUGUCAACCAAUGUUGACGAUCUGGAUAUCUUACGAGAAGACGUCCAUUGUCCGACCUUCAGCUACGCAUUCUAUGGAUCCCAGGUUCGGGCUUAA